ACUAGCUACGUACUUCCAAGCUUAUCCUGUUACCUACCUAUUAACUAAUCCUCAUUAUAUUUUCUUAUUUUUAACUGUUGUGUGUACUAUGGACGGGAAGAAACUGGAAUACAAAGGAGAGGAGGCUCUAAAGGAGCUUCAGAAGCUGACAUCAGAAGCCGAUAAAGUUCAAUACGAGUUGCUGAAAGCAAUCUUAACAAGGAACAAUAAGACCGAAUACCUUCAAAAGCAUAUGAAAGGAUUCUCAAUGAAUGAUGUAUCGGUAUUCAGGCAGAAGGUUCCAGUCAUCACAUACAAAGACAUCUAUCCUUAUAUUCAAAGGAUAGCUAAUGGUGAAGACUCUUCUCUGAUCUCUGGUCACCCCAUAACGGAGAUGCUAUGCAGCUCGGGAACAUCUGGUGGUGAGCCUAAGCUAAUGCCAUCGAUCGCAGAAGAUCUUGACCGUCGAACUUUUGUCUAUAACCUUAUCAUGCCAAUAAUGAACCAAUAUGUGACAGGCCUUGAUGAAGGUAAGGCCAUGUUUCUAUAUUUUGUUAAGUCGGAGAUGUCAACUCCAUGUGGUUUACCCGCUCGAACAGUUCUCACAAGUUAUUACAAAAGCAAACACUUCAAGACUCGUACGCGUGACCUUUACAACGAUCAAACAAGCCCAGACGAAGCCAUUUUAUGCGAUGACAGCAACCAAAGCAUGUACUGCCAGCUUUUAGCUGGGCUCAUCCACCGCCAGCAAGUCAUGCGGCUUGGAGCCGUAUUUGCAUCGGCUUUACUGCGUGCAAUCUCCUUCCUUGAACGCAAUUGGCUCAGUCUGUGCACCGAUAUCCGUACCAGUCAACUCAACCCUAUGAUCACCGAUUCUGGUUGCCGCUCAGCCAUGUCAGCAAUGCUCAAGUUAGCAGACCCGAGUUUAGCAGAUGAGAUUGAAAACAUUUGUAGCCGUCGAUCAUGGAAAGGAAUAGUGUGCGACUUAUGGCCUAAGGCUAAGUAUAUUGAGGCAGUGGUUACAGGGUCAAUGUCCCAGUAUAUACCGGCUCUUGAGUACUACAGUAGAGGGAAGUUACCAUUGGUGUGUACAAUGUAUGCUUCAUCGGAGUGUUAUUUUGGGGUAAACUUAAAACCUUUGUGUGAUCCUGAAGAUGUCGCUUUUACCCUCUUACCUAACAUGGGUUACUAUGAAUUCAUUCCCUUGGGUGAAAAUGAGACAUAUGGAAAUGAUGACGAAGAGAUCUCCACGGAUACGCUUGUCAAAUUGGUGGAUGUUAAAGUUGGUUGCUAUUAUGAGUUGGUGGUCACAACAUUUUCUGGACUAAACCGAUAUCGUAUUGGAGAUGUGCUUCAAGUGACUGGAUUUCAUAACCGGACCCCACAAUUUCGGUUCAUUUGCAGGAGGAAUGUCAUUCUAAGCAUUGACAAUGACAAAACUAAUGAAGAAGAUCUGCAUAAGAGCAUCAUGGCAGCAAAAAGACUUUUAGAACCCUACAAUGCUCUACUUGUGGAAUACACUAGCUAUGCUGAUACAUCAUCAGUGCCAGGACACUACGUCAUAUACUGGGAGAUUAAACAUUGCACACCCUCUGUCCUAGAUAAGGUCACGUCUCCAUUUGGCCCUAAGGUGCUUGAAGAUUGUUGUAUUGCAAUGGAAGAAGAUCUUGAUUAUAUUUAUAGGCGAUGUCGUACUCAUGAUAAGUGUAUUGGACCACUUGAGAUUCGUGUUGUGAAGCCUGGCACUUUUGACUCCUUGAUGGACCUGUUUAUCAAACAGGGUGCAUCCAUUAAUCAGUACAAAACUCCACGCUGCAUCAAGUCUGAAGCUGCAUUGAAGUUGCUUAACUCUAACAUGAAGGCCUGCUUCUUUAGUCCACGGGAUCCCACAUGGAACCCUUGAUUAUCUAACUAAUUUAUAAUAAACAGAUUCUCCCUUUAGCUGGGGAAACAGAAUGGGUAAGUUAUAUGACGCUUCACCCAGUUUUGUUUGAGUUAAUAACUUUACUUAUCUAGCUAAUGAUCUUUUCAAGGUGUUUCAUCAUCGAGGAAAAAUAUCAUCUUCUAUGUUCUUGAUCAUGUAUGACCUAGG